GCUCCGAGGAGGCCAAUAACGACACUGCACAAGUGUCUAUUUCGAGUCGCCAUUGUGCGAUGACGCUUUUAAUAUUUGCGGUGUUAUAGUGCUGUUAUAAUAUUUAUUUGAAAAUAAAAAUUGGCAACCAAAAAUUUAUUACAUACAAUAUGCACAAAGAUAACGAAUCGAAAACGGUCGACGCAGGUGACACUAGACCACGUAGCCGCGAGGAAGUGAAAACAGAGUGUGCGCCGUCUGCAAGUAAAAAUGUUGAUUAUGAAAAAAAUAAACAUAUAUUGUGUGAUGGAUCAACUUCAUCUUCUAUUCUUCACUUCACGACACUAUUCAUUUUAGGACUAUGCGUAUGGGGUUUUCUAUGGUCAUCAUGUGGAAGCAGCUGGAAUUGGAAUGGAGAAUAUUUCCGCCUGGUGCUCGUGGGGGUGGUGGCUUGGGGUAGCGGGCUGGUGCUGCAGAGGCUGACCUCGCUCCCCCCACUCCUCGCCGCGCUACUCACAGGAAUACUCGCUAGGUACCUCAAUCUCCUGGAUAUGAGACAAUACACAAAUAUUGAUGGAUUUUUAAGGAAAAUAUAUCCAAUCGUCAUCUUAGGAAAGGGCUCACUGGCAUGGGAUGUGAAUUACAUAAGAAGUAACUGGGGUCAGGUGGUAGCCCUGGGAGUGUUGCCGUGGCUCACUGAAGUGACUGUGCUGGCAGCCCUGACUAAUAUCCUCCUCGGCUUUCCCUGGAUAUGGGGCUUCAUGCUGGGUUCCGUAUACGCGUCGGUCUCGUGUCCUGUGGUGAUGCCGCUGGUGGUCAAACAUAGCUCGCUCUGCAUUCAACGCAAUUGGCCACAAUUCGUGUGCACAGCCGGUGGAGUCGACACUGCCCUCAGUGUCGGAAUUUUUGGGGUGCUCUACAGUUUUUUGUUCUACGAUACCGAUGAUACGUAUCGAUACGCUAAAGCGGGUUUAUCUCUGUUUGCCGGCGUGGCUCUGGGGAUCUCGUGGGGCACUCUCGCGGGGCUCCUUCCCCACGCCCAGGAUUAUUAUGCAACAGAGCUACGCAUCCUACUCGUCGUAAUGGGUGCGCUCUCCGGGAAUUUCAUUACGUCCAUGUUUGGAUGGGGCGGCACCGCGGGAGUGGCAGUGCUAGCUUGCAACGCGACAGCCGCCACCUUCUGGGUCCGGCGCGGCUGGAAGCUGAACAACAACCCGGCGGCGACCACCUACCACGUCUUCUGGGCCUUCUGCGAGCCCCUUCUCUUUGCAUAUACUGGCACCUUCUUUGUUAUCGACAGCACCACGGCGGAGACAUCGUUGGUGCCAGGGUUCGCUAUCCUCGCUAUAUGCUUGAGCGCGCGGCUCUGCAUGGUGUGUCUAGUUUGCUGGAACCUCUCGCUCAAGGAGAAGCUAUUCGUCUGCUGCACGUGGAUCCCCAAGUCCAUUGUUGAGGCGGUGCUCUGUCCGGUUGUAUUGACUACACUAAUAUCGAAGCAUACGCAGGAUGAUCAAGUUAUGAAAUACGCCGAAGAUAUUGUGAAACUUAUAGUACAAGCAAUCCUCGUGACGACGCCAUUGGGAUACUUGUUAACUAGUCAUUUGGGACCAAUAUUAAUGAGAAGCGCUGCAAAGGAUAUCGAAAGUGCUGGACACUGAAAAACAUAAUAUCAACUAAGUAAUGGAUCUCACUACCGCACACAAACACAACUGUGUCUUUUAUAUAUAACUGUCAUAUCUAUUAUACAAUAUUACGUCAACUCUAACUGGGCAGAUUAAUAUCAAUAAUCGAAGUGAAUAGUGGGCUUAUUGUUGGAAUUGAGAAAUAAGUAUAGUGACAGGUUGCUAGUGCUUGCCCAUCGCCUAUGAUAAUAUUCUCAUUUUAAAGCUUGUAAGAUUUUUUAUUUUUUUUAUUUGUCUCUAUAUACAUUUUAUUGUAUACUCUUUUUUUCUAAUAUUUUAUUUAAAAACAGACUACGAUGAAUUGGAAAGUAGGUACCGCUUAGCAAAAAAGGGUACAUGGUGUCAGAAGAUAAACAUGUAGGUCUCUAUUGUAAUACAAAUUGCAAAAUUAAGUUUAAGUGAAGGAAUAAAGAUUUUCAGUAA